AUGUCCAGGCUAGACAAAGCCGCGAAGAUUGGCAUCCGCCUCAUCGUGGACGCCUAUGUCCCCGACCUGACCUUCCUGGAAAAGCUCAACCAGGAUCUUGUCUUGGAAAAGUCAGGAGGCGUCGUGAUCCACCAGCCAAUCCAGCUGAUUCGGGACUUGGACGACAAAGGAUACUGGCAAAAAGCUUUUGACCCUCUCGGACUCGAUGCUAAAGCGAUCGCGCAAAAGAUCAGUGACGACCCGACGGGAGAGUCUCUCAAGGCCGUCCUCAAGGAGAACUGGGAGAACAUCAUGGCCGAGUACGAGAAAACGCCGUUCGACCUGCGCCAGCACACCGUCCUCCAGUACAAGACCUCGGACUCAACAGACGGCCACCGUGGCGUCUUCACCGGCCAGGUCUCCGUCCCGCACGCGGCCAAGUUGUUCGAGAACGAGGCCAUCUUGCGGCACAUGCUCAACUCGUUCCCGCAAGAGGCGCUAGUUGUCGAGCCGGGAUGGAUGAAAAGGAUUCAUAAGGAGGCGGGCGAUGACAUGGCCACGUUCGUCAAGGCCAACGAAUCUGACAUCAGGGCUGCCACCAAGAAGUACUUUGCCGAAGGCGGGAGCCUGGCCAAGUGCGGCGCUCUGCUGGGCUCCGUCAACAUGGUCAUGGUGCUGGGCGUGAUCUUCCAGGAAGUCAACGGCCGCAAGGUGUACUCGAUGGUGGUGGCCACGUUGCGGGAGCACGCCCUCGACGGCAUCAACCUGUGGGAGGCGAUGCUUGAUCCGCACCACCCGGACGUCGUCAUCUUCUCCAACAAGCUGCUAGGCAAGCACAAGGUCCCCAUUAUGGACUGGGCCAACAACUUUCUCGGCCAGCGGCUGAUGGCCACGACGUGGAAGACGGUCCCGCUCUCGGUCGAGGCCGAGGCCGUGGGCGUGCCGCUGGACGAGUACAUUGCCGAUCUGCGCGCCGCCAAGGAAGUCGACCCCGGCGUCAAAGACAUCUUCCUCAACAGAUGGGUGUUCGCCGGUCUCGACCGCACCGCCUUUCUCCCCGCGGGCUACCGCAAGUGGGCGGGCUCCAACCUCGACCUCAGCACCGUCGUCAUCGACGCCACCAAGGACGGCCCCAAGAUCGAAAAGCUGCUGAGCUUCACCGCCGACACCCCCGUCUCGGAAUUUCACGCGCUUGGCCUGAAACUCGAAAAAUCACUACCAGAAGGUUUCUACAUAAACCGCAGCGGCCCCGUCGACCCUUUCGCGUUCAUGACCUUUUCCUCUUUUAUCACCGUCCCCGAAAAUCAUCAUCACGCUCCGACUCUCGAAUCCGCUGCCUUCGCCGCCGCCCGCAACCCCGCCCAGCAGUUGCUUGACACCAGCACCGUCGCCAAGAUCCGCUCCGCCAUCACGGAACAGAUCAACGCCCCCUUGCUCAAGAGCCUGCUGGCGCUCGAACCAGCCGGCACCGCCAGGACGAUGCGCAAGCUGCGACAGGACCUGGCCUGGGCCAGCCUGGUCGACAACUACCUCCUCGCGGAAGUAACUCCCGACCUAGAAGCCCAGGUGCGGGACGUGCUCAGGUCGGACGCGCAGUGGGCCGAUGUUCCGGACCUGUUGCUGGAAAAAGCGGUGCUGAGCGCGGCGAGAGAGACCAUCUGCUUGCCGCUGCUGGCGCCGCAGGGGUAUGUGGACAAGAUCACGGCUUUGACUGUUUAUGAGACUAUGAAGAAGACGACGACGACGACGACGCCGGGGACGGAUGAGACAACGUUGUUGAAGGAUAAGGUUAAGAUGCUGGAGCAGGCGGCAGAGGCGAUGGACAGUGUGGUGAAGAGUAGGAGGCAGGAGCUGCUGCAGCUGGGUGAGGCGGCUAGGGAGAGCGAGGAGUAUAAGGAGAAGGAGAAGGAGAUUGUUGAGAAGGAGCAGAAGGUAAAGGAGCUGACGGAGAGGAAGGUGGAUGUGGAGCAAAUGGUGGAGGAGAUGAAGAUGGGGGAGGGGUUUAUCAAGGAUGUUGGGGUGGAGGUUAAGGAGAUGGAGGAGGAUCCCAAGAGGAAGAUAUUGGAGCAUGGGAAGUAA